AUGGGAGCCCUUCAGUUACCACCCGGCAUUGACCCAGACGAUAUGAUCGGGCAAGGAAGCAGCGGAAUAGCAGCCCUGGAUCCCAAAACAAAGCACAUCAUAAAAUUUCCAUUCAACGAAGACGAGGCACGGGCUGCAUGCGAUCGCGAAAAGGAGAUUUACGAGCGUUUAGAGCGCUCACCACUCCCACGGCCAUCUUCGCUCUUGAAAUACUACGGCCCUAGAGACCAAGGAAUUCUCCUCGAAUACGCAAAGCACGGUACAUUGCGGAGAUAUGCAUAUGGCUUGGAUCUUCCAAUCCCACUCCCUGCGAUUCUUCGCUGGGCCAAACAAGCAGCGGAAGCGCUACAGUUCAUCCAUGAAAGUGGGAUAGCUCAUGGCGACGUUAGCUGUGUGAGCUUCUAUGUGGACCAAUUUCUGGACGUGAAGGUCGGUGAUUUUACCCGGUCGUCGGACGCCACACCGCAGGCUGUGAAGCAAGAUAUAUCGGAUUACGGCUCGGCUCUUUAUUAUUUGGUUACAGGACAGUAUCCUUAUCAAGGCCUGCCAGAGAAGGAAGUGGAGGAGCGCUUUAGGCGAGGGGAGUUUCCGGAUCUUACGGAUGUGCAGGUGAAAUCUAUUAUUCAUCCAUGUUGGGCGGGUCAUUAUACUGGCUUUGUGGGUGUUUUGGAGGAUUUGAGGGAGCAUAUUCGGCUUCUAUGA